UGCAGACACACUCAAAGGUGCUUCUACAAUUCAACAGCUUUUCGCCAUUAUUUUUUUUCAUCCACCAUGUGAAGCUUGAAGCUUUAGCACUGUUCUUGUUGAUUUUGUUCAGAAAGUUGUGAUCAUCAAUGGCUGGAAUUGAUCCUGUAAAGUACCCUUCUCUACCCUCGAAUUACGUUACCAUAGCUGAGCUCAAAGAACGAUGGCUUAAAGAGAAAGAAAGAAAGCAGCAAGAAGAAAAGGAAAAACUGGAAAGUGGAGAAAAGGAAAAAUACCCAUUUCUUCGAAAUCAUGAAAACCGCAUUGCAAAUGGGUGUACUCAUAGUCGAGGUCCAGUUGGUAAAAAUCUGCAAAAGCGUGACAAUCACAGUGGGAAAGGUUGGCGUGUGGUGGGUUUGAUUGCUAAGGAACCCAAGUUAAAGGAGGUUAGGAUGAAUGGUCCAGUGGUUGAAGAAGGUGUUGAUGGAGCAAGGGGAAAAGAGAAAAUGGGCUAUUUUGGAAAGAGGGAAGCUAGGGUUGAAAGAGAUGGAUCAGGAGAUAUGGCUAAGGUUUCGAUGAUUGAUGUGGCGGAGGAAGAAAUGAUGGCUGUGGUGAGUGUGGAAAGGGGUGGAAAAGAAUCAUUUAAGGGUAAAUGUAAGUGGAAUAGCGGGAAUCAGGAGGUUGAAAAAGUGGCUACUGUUUGCAUGGUGGAGGUUGUAGGAGAAAGCAAUGUUGAUAGGGAAAUUGCAGGGGGGGAAUGUAGAGUUGGGUAUAGGGGGAAGAAAAAUAGCUGGAGUGUGGAGCAAUCAGGACAAAAACAGAAUGCAGGGAAGGAGAAGGUUUCAGUUGAUGUGAAAGAAAGAAUCACUGAGAAGGUGAGAGUGGGAGGUGCAUUUCGUGCUUACGGUGAUAAGGAAGUGGCUUCUGUUUGCGCGGUGGAGGUUGUAGGAGAAAACAAGGUAGAUAGGGAAAUCACAGGGCAGAAUUGUGGAGUUGGAAAUAGGGGAAAGAAAAAUGGUGGUAGAAAGAUGGGUGUUAGGAUUGGAGAAGUGAGUAAUAAAGCAGACAGUGUGGAGCAAUCAGGACGAAAACAUAAUGCAGGGAAGGAGAAGGUUACAGUUGAUGUGAAAGAAAGAACUAAUGAGAAGGUGAGAGUGAGUGGUGCAUUUCGUGCAUACAGUGAUAAGGAGGUGGCUUCUGUUGAUGUGGAGGUUGUAGGAGAAAACAAGGUAGAUAGGGAAAUCGCAGGGCAGAAUUGUGGUGUUGGGUUUAGGGUAAACAAAAAUAGCUGGAGAAAGACGGGUAAUAAGGUUGGAGAAGUGAGCAAUAAAGCAGACAGUGUGGAGCAAUCAGGACAAAAACGUAAUGCAGGGAAGGAGGUGGUUCCAGUUGAUGUGAAAGAAAGAACUUAUGAGAAGGUGAGAGUGAGAGGUGCAUAUAGGGGAAAGAAAAAUAACGGUAAACAGAUGGUUGAUAGGGUUGGUGAAGUGAGUGAUAAAGCAGACAGUGUGGAGCAAUCAGGACAAGAAUGCAAUGCAGAAAAGGAAAAGGCUUCAGUUGAUUUGAAAGAAAGAACUAAUGAGAAGGUGACAGUGAGUGGUGCAUUUUGCGCAUACAGUGCUAAGGAGACCGAAGAAGUGGCUACUGUUUGCACAGUGGAGGUGGUAGAAGAAAACAAGGUAGAUAGGGAAAUCUCAGGGAAGAAACAUAGAGUUGGUUUCAAGGGAAAGAAACCCAGCUGGAGAAAGAUUAGUGAUAGAGUUGGAGAAGUGAGUGAUAAAGCAAACAGUGUGGAGCAAUCAGGACGAGAAUGUAAUGCAGAAAAGGAGAAGCUUUCAGUUGAUGUGAAGGAAAGAACUAAUGAGAAGGUGAGAGUGAAAGGUGCAUUUGGUGAUAAGGAGGUUGAAGAAGUGGCUACUGUUUGCACGGUGGAGGUGGUAGAAGAAAUCAAGGUAGAUAGGAAAAUCGCAGGGAAGAAACGUAGAGUUUGGUAUAAGGGAAAGAAACAUAGCGGGAGAAAGAUGGCUGACAGGGUUGGAGAAGUUAGCGAUAAAGCAGACAGUGCGGAGCAAUCAGGACAAGAACUAAAUGCAGAAAAGGAGGAGGUUUCAGUUGAUGUGAAAGAAAGAGCUAAUGAGAAGGCGAAAGUGAGAGGUGCAUUUUGUGCAUACAGUGAUAAGAGCAAAGAUGUACUGAUAGAUUCAGAAGCCGGUCUGAAUAGGACGAUUGAGGGAGAUCUUGGGGAUUUAUCAUUGACUGAUAGGAGGUAUGGUCAUGGGAGAUCGAGUGUCAGGGUGUAUGGUGACAAGUCAUAUGGGAGUUCCAGAAGGUAUGAUGUGCGAAAAAUGUUGAAGCAGAGGGAUAAUAGCUUUGCGUGGAUUAAAAAGGGGGAGUCUUCAAAUGGCAAUGUUGCUGAAAUUGAAACACAGGGUUGAUUUUUUCAAGCCAAAGUACAAGUCGGAGUAAGCUGUGCUCUCAGUGAAUCAAGUCAGUUUCCUUACAGAAGUGGCUUCUUAUUCAUUAAUUUCACCAAAGCGAUUGCAAUUCUCAUUGGAAUUCAAACAACUUGUAAAUUCGUCAGUCUUCUGAAAGAC